AUAUGGAAUUGUUUGCGUUUCGCUGAUUGAAUCGUUCAUUUCUUUUGGAAGGAUGUUUACAUCUAACUUAUCCAUAGACACUUUUCGAUGCUUUUUCGGAGUAGCUAAUGAGUAAUUGUCAGUAUUUGUUUGUGAUGAAGGGCUAGAGACUGUAUUGACUUUUGGUGUUGUUUGCGAAUUGGCAUCUUGUUGAUUUGGACGUUUUGCUGGUGGUGUUGCGAUUGUUCUUCGAAUCAUACGGCCCAUUCCAAGCGUUCGACGAGGUGUUUGAACGUUUAUUUUGUUUGGAUCAAUUUCUCUGUCCAUCUUUUUUAUAUCAUGACUUCUCGUACAUUCGUGAAAUGUUUUCACUGGAUACAAAGUGAGGUUAGAUCAACGGUGACAGUUCAUAUAUUUACUGCCAUUUACAUUGCUAAGUGUCACAUCUUGAACGAAGUUUGGGUUAUGCGAAUUACUUGUGCAAAUUGUGUUUGUAAACAAAGCGGUAGUUUAGAGAAAUUUAUGGGGGUAAAAUUGGCCGCCUAGCAAAAAUGAACGCUUCGCGGUCAUCGUCGAAAAAUCAAAGUACAACGAAUGAAAAUGUAGCAGAAUUGAGUGAAUUAAAUUUAUCGUUUGAUGAGUCGGUCCUUCAGCUUAUAGACGAACCAUUCGAAUCGAAAGUAAAUUCGGAAUCGAAGCUGCGUACCGACUUCAAAUACAAUGGCUUCGACUCCAGCUUGGGUGGAACUUUUAUAUACCCCACUAACUAUCCCGUUCGUCAGUAUCAACUCCACAUAUCCCGUGUUUCGUUUUUCAAAAAUACUCUUGUGUGUCUGCCGACAGGAUUGGGUAAAACAUUCAUCGCAUCGGUUGUUAUGUAUAACAUAUUUCGAUGGUAUCCCAAAGGGAAAAUAAUUUUCAUGGCACCUACACGUCCACUGGUCGCACAACAAAUCCAGGCUUGCUAUCAAAUCAUGGGAUUUCCCAAAGAAGAAACAAUCGAACUGACCGGGCGACAGAAUAAAAAAAUUCGCGCCUCUGCCUGGACAUCGAAACGUGUUUUCUAUUGUACCCCGCAAGUUGUUUGGUCCGAUAUGAAUGACAAUGAGAUCGAUUUUCCAUUUAAUGAUAUCAAACUGAUAGUUGUGGAUGAGGCGCACAAGGCAAAAGGCAAAUAUGCAUACACGGAAGUGGUGCAAUCGAUAUGGUCACGCAAUAAAUUGUUUCGAGUUUUGGCAUUAUCUGCAACGCCCGGUCGAUCCAUGAAAGAUGUGUGCGAAGUCAUCCAAAAUUUGUUGAUCUCAAAUGUUGAAGUGCGAAAAGAAUCGUCUAUUGAUGUUGCACCAUAUGUGUUCAAAAAGAAUAUUAAAACAAUUGUUGUACAGUUAGAUGAUCAACUCAAUCAGACAAAAAAACGCUUAUACGAUCUUGUCGAGCCAUAUGUUGAAAGUUUAGUCAAAAAUCAAGUGAUUGCAGGCCAUAUCGGUAAUUUGACCAAAGCAUGGCUUUUAUUCGACCGCAAUAAGUUUCGUGAAAGCACAGUUACGAACCGGCAUCCGGAGCAGACAAAAAUCAACGGUGACUUUAGCGUGUGCAUUAGCAUGUAUCAUGCAAUCGAAUUACUAGAGCGACAUGGCAUGCGAGUCUUCCUGAAUUAUUUCAACGAUACGAAUUCAGAUAGCAGCGCUGAAGAGAAAUUCUUUGUCAUGAAAGAUUCAAAAAUCAAAAACUUCAUCAACGAAAUUCGGUCGAAUUCUGGAAUAACACCAUUCACUGAUCAAGAUAUGUCAUUUCAUGGGAAUACAUCCGACAUCACUGAUUUGGAACCUGUCAAUUACGGUCAUCCGAAAUUUGAAAUUCUACAAAAAUGUUUGCUAGACCAUUUUCAGGAAAACUCCGACACAAAGACGGACACAAAAGCCUUAGUAUUUUGUGAAUAUCGUGAAUCAGUAUUUCUUAUCAAUCGAAUGCUUCUAUCCAAUCGACCUUUGAUUAAACCGAAAGUUUUUGUUGGUCAGGGAUCAUCGCAUAACCGAACAAUCACGCAAAAAGAACAAAUCGUAAUCAUGAAUGAUUUUCGUAGCGGAAAAUGCAAUACGUUGAUUGCUACGUGUGUCGCGGAAGAAGGUAUCGAUGUAGGCGAAGUAGAUUUCAUUGUCUGCUUUGAUGUAAAUAAUAAAAAUCCUAUAAGAUUUGUACAACGGAUAGGUCGAACUGGAAGAAAGCGACAAGGAAAGGUGACAAUGCUCGUUACGGAAGGGAAAGAGCAACAAAUGUUAAAAGAUAUUCUUGUAACUAAAGAUGGUAUCAAUCAAAGAAUUGGGAAGAGUAAUGAAGUAAAAAAUAUGCUAUAUAAAGACUGUCCACGUCUCGUUCCUCCCGAAUUCAAUCCACAAUGUGUUGAAACUUUCAUUGAUAUUGCAAGACAGGAAGCUACCACCGAAAAAACAAACGCAAAGAAGGGAACAAAGGACAGUAAGAAGAAAAAAAAAUCACCCAAACCGAAUAUCCAACGAAAAGUGGGCGGUGUUCGGCAUUUCUUCGGCAAACCGGUUGAAAUUGAAAUUGAUAAGGAAAUUGACGAAAAUUUUGAUUUGACAUCUUACCGAGUCUACAACACAUCUACUGACCAGAGAGGAAACCUGAUAGAAGAUCAACUUGAAAUUGACCCUCCAGAUUUAACGUUAAACUAUAAUAACGAUGAUGUUGAGCAGCUAGUGAGCAGAUAUCAUGAUGGGGAAGUGCCUUUGGAAAUCAAAUUCGAAAAAGUUUAUAGCCAGUAUUAUAAUACUAAGAAAAGUCGAGCCAAAUGGAAUGGAUUUUCUGAAAAGUUAUCAAAGACUGAUUAUAACAAUCAACAUGUGCCAGACAUCCUGAAAAAAUUUCUUAUCAGUUCCUCGGAUGAGUCGAAUGAAAACCGUGUUUUUAAAACAAAUCGUGAUUCAUGGCGGAGUAUUUCAGAUGAAAGGAGACUGGAAAUUUUCAAAUUUAUGUCCUUGUUCACACAACAAUGCAAACUAAAUGCAAGCAAAUCAAAGUCAUCCCUUUGUAACUCGGCAAAUCUGAAGAAUGAUUCAGAAACUGAACUUCACUUGAACAGUUUGAUCGACUCGCAAGUCUCAUUUUCGAUGCAAAUAGAAACUCACCAGUCCAAAUAUGCUAGUCAAAUGAAAGUACCAGUCGAAAAACUUGUAUCUCCAAUGACACCAUUGCAACAAAUAGCAUCAAGUACUCCACAUGAAAUUCCAAAUCUCAAACGAAUUCCCGCCGCUCCAGUACACUCACCAAUCGUUAACACUCCACUGGAAAAUAAACGGAAGCAAACCCACAAACAGAAUCGUCGACGAGAUGUAGAAGGUCCAAACUGGUACCUCAAAUUCCUGGGCUUGAAUACGGUCUACGAUUUAUUUUCGGAUGAUGGUGAUAGUUCUCUAGAAAAUACCAGCCACGCCACCACUAAUACGUCUGAUGAGCAACAAGCAAAACUCUGUGAUACUCUUAAUAAAUCAGUUUGUGGGAAUGAAAAUCUCGUUGAAGAAGAAAGUCAGUACACGGUUUCAAGAAUAUUGAAGAUCUGCCAAGAUGCUGAAAGAGUAGAUGUUAAUGAAUGUGAAGUCAAACCUUCUGGGUCUACCACAAGACGCCGACGUCUUUAUAUUGGUAGCAUAGAUGAUCUUUUUCGCGAAGAGGAUGACGACGACGAUAAUGAUGAUGUUAUUAUAAAUACCCAAGCUGUUGAUGUGACACUUUCUGAAUCCGAUGAAACCGUGAACUAUGAUGUUGAAGAUGCAAUGGCGAAUCAAAAGGAUGUACACCAUUCAAUCAGUUUAUUCAAAGACACAAGCGGAGGUGAACCAUCGAAUAAAUCAACAAACACACUAGCAAAAUCGGUUACUGGUGCAAAAUCAGAUGAACUAUUUUCAACUUUCAAUGAAUCAUUGGCAAAUAUAAGUAAACCUGAUGCAGGCAACGUCAACGGUCGAAUACCACCGGAUACCCGAUCUCAACAAGAAGAAAGCAUGAAAACAACACCGAAAAAACAGAACAAUUCCAAUUUGUAUGUUUAUCACAGUCGAUCGCCAUCUGUUCUGAUUAAAUCAUCGAGUAUCCUUUCAACGAGAUUUGAUAACAAUCAAGCUGAUCGAUCCUUUUGCAACACAAGCAGAAUAAGCAGCAAUCGGACCAAUAAAUCGCCAACAUCGCUCAGUUCGAAAUUAAGCGUGCUGAAUUCUCAAUUGGGCUUUAGCAAAUAUACAGAUGAUGAGAUUCUUGAUGAACUCAAAGAAAAUUUUUCAUCUCCAUUUUUUACCUUUUGGUCUCCCGAUGCGAAUCGCAAUCAAAACAAACCAUUACAACCUGAAGCUGAUUCAAAUUGUGAAACCGAAUAUUCUGGAGACGAGGACUUUACAACAUGCCAAACGUCAUUGUCAAGAAAAAAAGCAUCAGGUGUUAAAAGUCAAGGAAAAAAGAAGCGAAAAGCAAGAAGCAAAUUUAACUUUAUCGAUGAUGAAGCGGGAGUUUCGGGAGACGAAUCUAGUGACGACGACGACUUUAUUAAUACGCAAUCGCAACACUUCAAUGUAACCGAGCAAUAUGAAGAAGAUGAUCCAUCGGUUGAUAUGCAAGCCAAAUAUUUACAGUCAAUACGGAGCCCAGUUGGUCGACGCCGUCAUUUCCGUAUACCCAGCAUUGGCUAUCGCAACCCAACAGCAACACAGAAUCUUUUCUCGCAAUUUGUUGCACCAGAUCAAUCCAGAUAUGAAGAGGAUUCCUUUGUUGUGGGCAGCGACGAAGAUGAAGAAGAAGAGGAGGGGAAUGAGUCCGAUUGCACUGUGAUAUCUAACGAUGUUUCAACAGAUUUCGAUGAAAUCACAAUUGCGCCGAUCAAAUCGAACAAACGAAAAUCCGAUGAAACCAAACAGUCCAGGGCGAAAAAACGGCUUCGAAUUAUCGAAAUGAGCUCAGACAGUGAUUAAAUGGCAUGUGUCCAAUUGAAUGGAAUUUUUGAAAGUCAAAUAGAAUCUGCAAAUAUACGAAGCAUAUAAGUUUUUGUUAUUGUUCUUGUUAACGAAAAAGUUGUUGGAAAUUUUGUGAAUAAACGACACUCAAACAUA